UCACAAAUGCCUUCGCCAAAUUUAAAACAACAGCAAACAACACCUCCACCGCCACCCCCAGCUCUCUUACAACAACAACUCUCAUAUCCGAAUCACCAUCAACCGCAGCAACAGAAAAGCUACUUUACGAAAAAUAAGAAAUUAUCAACGAAAUUGAAAUCUUCCUCGUUGGAUAAUGAUAUUUUUCUACAAAAUCGCAAGAACAACAAUCAAAGCAGCUCGGAUUGGCUUUUGCCACCGCAUGGUUGUGCCACAAUACCACGUGCCGCAUCCACUAACUCAUUGGCGAGCACUGUGACGGCCAGCAAUUAUCAGGAGUAUAAAGCGGAAAUUAUCAAUCAGGGAAAAUGCCUUUGCGGCCAAUACAUUCGUGCGCGACUACGACGAGCUGGCGUGCUGAAUCGCAAAGCCACACAACGAUUGCGCACCAUAUUGGAGCCCUCUUCGGCUGUGGUGUAUGAAGUAUUCCCAGCAUUGAAUAGCAUGGGUGAGGAGUUGGAACGUAUGCAUCCGCGUGUCUACACGAAUAUCUCACGGCAGCUAUCACGUGCGCCCUACGGUGAACUGGUCGACGGAGAUACGGCGCCAAUGUUGCUCAAUUUGGUUGCCAAAGAUUUAUUUCGUUCGAAUAUAACGUGGGGUAAAAUAAUCUCCAUAUUUGCAGUGUGUGGCGGCUUUGCCAUCGACUGUGUACGUCAGGGACAUUAUGAGUAUCUGCAAUUGUUGGUGGACGGCAUUGCUGAGAUAAUUGAGGAUGAUUUGGUGCCGUGGCUGGUCGAUCACGGUGGUUGGUUGGGUUUGCAACAACACAUACGUCCACAUGAGGGCCACUUUUCAUUCCUGGGCUUGUUGACACUUUUCGUCGCCGUAUCCUCAGGUGUUUAUGUUGUCACUAAUGUGGCCAAACAUAUUGGUUGUCACUUAUAUUCCUUGCUGUUUUGACAGCAAACGCUGUACGGGAUUUGGGAAAUCUAGAAAUUAGGAAAUUAAUACGAAAUCUGUCUGUAAAUGUAUGUUUGUAGAUAGUUGAAAACGCUUAGCGUCUUAUUUUGUGGCAAUAAUAUUAUAGGAUUUUUCUUUCAUUUUUAUUGACAUUUACCAUAAAAAU